UUUGUGCUGUUUGGUGGUUAACACAGUGCAGUUGGUGUUGGUGACAUUCAUCAGCCGAGUCAAAUGCUGUGCUAAUGAGUUCAACGUUUUGUUUGUUUUCUUUUCCUAACUAGCAGUAGAACCAAACUACUACAUUCCUUAAUCGAUAGCGUCUAUUUAGUGAGUAAGUGCGUGUCAAGUGAGUGUUGCUGUCUACCGAUUCAAUCGAUUUAAAGAAUCUACUCCAACUCCAACUUUUUGGAAUGAUGAGGAAUAACAGAAGUCUUUAGUAGCGGAGGUACAAUUUGAGGUGGAAAGUUUACCGGCCAGCCGCAAUGAGCACCAUCGUCAUCGUCGUCCUCGCCGGUAGGACAGCAGCAGCGACCCAUCGAAAGCGAGUGAACUGUAACUGCUCGUAGAUCGUACCAGGGGACUAGAACCACAGGUGUGCAUCCGAGACCCGAGAGCGGUGUUUAGUGCAAUUUACGCAAAUAGAGAGCCCGGCCCACCAGCGCACGGAUACACGGCACUCAAAUGUGGAGCAGCAGUAACGGCAACAGCAGCAGCAGCAGCAGCGACGAGGUUGCGCAACGACGACGUUCCCAACGUACUAGCACUCGACGAGUGACCAACAUCCGGCCAUCGCACUGGCCAACCUAGACACUUGCCCGUUGGCUCUCUAGUGUGCCUGCUGCUGCGUAAACACGAACACACAAAACACCACAAAAAAGGCGAGCCCGGAUCAACCCACCUCCCGGAUGAUGAUGGAUGAACACAUACAACAGCAACAGCGUAAUGAAUGCAUCACAAAACAGCGGAAGCUUGUGCGCAGCAGUAUUGAUCAGCUAUCGCCCAGCGUCAGCGAGCCGCUAUCGUAUCCGGUUACGGUCGAUCCGAGUGUGACCUCCGCCGCCGCCGCUGCAGCACCAUCACCGUCAUCAUCAUCAUCAUCGCCCAUCAAACCACCGCCUCCGGUACCACCAUCACUCCAAUCAUCGAAAGAGGAACAGCAACGACAGUCAGCAGCGUCGAGUCAGCAGUCAGCACACCCUACCCCUGCACUCAGCCUAAUCUUUCCGCAGAGCAUUAGCCGUAGCUUUGACCACACGGUCGCCCAGUCACCUCCAAAGUAUCAGAUCUAUCAUCAGUUUAGCCGCAUCUCGAGCACUACCCAGCAGUUUAUACAACGUCAGCAGCAACAGCAACAGCAGCAGCAACAGCAACAGCAGCAGCAGCAACAGUUAUCCCAGCAGCCACGUCAGCAAUCGCCUCAGACGCAACCGGCCUCACCGGUGACCAACUAUCAGGCUCCCCUCUACCGGAAGGCUAGCUAUGGUUCGGCGCAUUAUGCACACUACGCGGAAGCACCGAGUAUUCCGGUCAGCAGUAGCAGUAGCGGCAACAGCAACAGCAGCAGUGGUGGCGUCUGCCAGCAACAACCGAGCACCAACAUCAGCACCAACAACAAGAGCACCACGAGCAGCCUGCAGCAAUCCUCCAAACCAAUGGACCAACGAAGCAAUAAUCCUUUUAUAUUAAACUUUAACAACAUAUCCGGUUGCUGCCUGAAAAACUCACCGGCCACACCGGCCACUAGCGGGUCACCAUUGGGCACGGUGCCACCCAGUACCAGUACCAGCAGCAGCAGCACCAACACCAACACCAGCGCCACUACGCUGAUUACUUCCGGUGCCAAGCGAACCCGCUCGCUAAUGCUCAAAUCGACGUCACCGUCACAGCAGCACACGCUCGGUUCGCCGCCGGCUGUACCACCGCGUCACCUUCACCACCACCAGCCAGUGAGCUCCACUAAAGCCCCGGCACCGGCACCACUUCACACCUUGGCCACGUGUCCCGGCGGUGGCUCUCCCAUUAGCAAACAUCCGUCCACCGCGGGCAUUAACGCGGGAUCGGAUACAUCCGAUGACGCACUGCUGGUGAUGGCCACGGCCACCGGCACCGCCACGCCAGUUCUCCUCGAUGGUGGCCCGGCCAUCGUAACGAGCACCUGCUACGUAACGCCACCGACACCGGCACCGAUCGGUACGAGCGAAGCGAGACAACAGCCAUCACUCACCUUCGGCAGCGUUGCGCCGGCCAGCACCGGCCAGCCCAGCACUUCCCUGGGGGAUGUGGCCGCGGUGAAGGAACUGGGCCUUUCGGGGUGUGGUGGUGGUGCCGCCGCCGUCGCCGCCGCCACCGACAGUGCGAAGAGCAGUGUGCGCAAGAAGCGGGACGAUUUUCUAAAGACGACCAUGAAGAUCUGUCUGGUGGUGUCGCCACCAUCCAAGUUGCAGAUGAAAUCGUUGAGUCUCACUCACCUGGAUGAUAUCGAGCGGCAGGCAACGACACCGACCAUCAUAACUAAUGAUCCUCACUUGCGCAAGUAUGACAAUUCCGAUACGUCAAACACGUCGAUCGCCUCGGUGUCGGGUGGUUCCUCUGGGUAUGCCGUUUCACCCAAGGACGUUUGCCUGACGGUCACCUCCGGCACGGCACUGAUCGACAUCAGCAACAGUGG